AGCAAAGCAAAGCUUACUGUAAACCACACAUUCACUCAUAACUACAGAGAAGUAAUGGAGGUCUCCAACAAGAGCAGAAAACUUGAUUGAGUCUCUCCUGGUCACAGAAGGUCAUAAUUCAGUUUGUGGCUGAACUUCAGGGUAGGAUGUCAGAAACUCCCCCAAAAGCCUGGAAAAGUGGUCUGUUUGACUGCUUUGAAGACGUAAAUACUUGCUGCUAUGGCUUCUGGUGCUGCCCUUUCCUUGCCUGCACUGUUUCAAGAAGAUUUGGAGAGAACUACUGUUUGCCUUUAUGUGACAUGGUAACUCCUGCUAUGCUUGUGGCCUGUGGAGUUCCUCUGUUUGUCCCCCCUGCAGGGUUGUCUUUGAGGGCUUCCAUUCGUAACAAACAUGGAUUAAAGGGUUCCCUCUGUGAAGACAUACUUGCUUCCUGUUGCUGUGUCUGGUGCUCCUGGUGUCAGAUGCAUCGUGAGCUAAAGGAGCACACUCCUGUUGUUGUCGUGAUGCAGCAGCCCCAGACGCCGCAGCCCCCAACUGUGAUCAACGUGCAGGCUAAUCCUGUAAUGACGGUUAAUCAAAACUCUGCUUCACCUCCUGGUGGUUUUCAAAACCUUGGUCAAGGCCCUGUUGGGUUUCAAAACUCUCCCCAAAGCCCACCUUGGUUUCAGAAUCCUCCUCAAUAUCCUGGUGGGUUUCAAAACUCUCAAACUCCUGUUAGUUUUCCAAACCCUGCUCAAAGUCUCACAGGACUUCAAAACAAAAACAAUCUUGAUUUUAAAGAAUAAAAUAACAGUACAAAUCUGUCAAAAGUUAAAUUCUUCAGACCAGUACUGACAGUCAAGUCAAUGCUUCCCAUUAAAAUAAAAUGUUAAAUGUGGCCUUGAAGUUCAUAUGCAUAUUUUCUUAGAAACAUUUUGACUAAUUCCUUCAUUUCAAAUAAAUAAAUAAAAAAACACAACCCCAAUAGCAUACCUAAUAAGUGACUAAUACAUUUCCUUUAAUUGCAAUUAGGGGCCUCCGUUUAUAUUGUUUAUAGUGAUACAUUUUUGUAAGAGGUUUUGAUUUACCAUAAUUACAAUAAAUUCUAAUUUAUGUUUAAAACUCCUAAAAACUAUCCGUAAUGUCAGGAUUAUUAGUUUUACUAUUUUCUACAUUUUGUUCAAGAAAUAAUAGAUUUAAAAAAUAGAAUUAAAUUCAGUUUCUGUUUGCAGAUUAGUGAUACUAAUCACUAAUCUCAUGUUUUUCAAAGGAAGUGUUUGUGUGGCUGCUCUUCUUGUGCCAUACAAUCUCAUCCAUACAUUUACCUAAAGUAGUAAUAGUUAGCGUCACAUUCAUUAUUACAAUAUUAGACUACCAUAAAACUUUAAGUCCAUAUCGCCCAGCCUUAAUGUCAAACAGUCAUUCUUUCACAUUUAUUCAGUCAUAAGAGUUAAAUUCAUAUGAUGUAGCUUUAUACAGGGGCAUAUUUGUGUUUUUACAGCUCAUUUUCACAUUUGACUUACAGCUAAUGAAAUUGAAUUUUUAGA